UGUUCCAGGAUACACUUCCGGCAAAGACCAAACUAGAUCACAGGGCCCUUCUAUUUUGUUUCAGCCACCAGUUGAGGGGAACUUGUUGGUCUGUAUGGCCUUGAUUUAAAUCUUCCCAAAAGGAUUGAUGUUCUGAUGAAGGGUUCCCAUCCCAGACUAGAGUACUUGACAGAAGACAGAAACUUGUCUAAGUAUUCCUGGCUGUAAAGUUCCUAGGUACAGCUGAACAGCAGCGCCUUAUGUUACCACAAGAACUAUAUUAAUAGGAGUGUGUAAGUUACCAAUAAUACAGUGGAUGACAUCACAGGCUGAAUCAUUAUAUUUGUCAUUUUGUCUCACAAAGAAACUCUUCUGCUGCUUCUUCUACCUAUACAUUUUUACACUACUUUAAAAAGAGACACAAUUUAUUUGUUUUAUCUACAUUGUUAAAGUAGUCUCUUAAAUGGAAAGAAUAAUCUGAAAAUGUGCAAAACUAAAGUACAAAUGUUACAAAAAAGAUGGAAACUACCUUAGGUGGCACUGUAACAUUAGCUUGUUGUAUGCACCAGUCUUCUUGACUGAACUAUAGUUAGUUCAAACCUUACAAGAUAAAGAACUGUAAUCCUAAACUGUGACAAUGGGAGAUAAUUAGUAACAGUUACAUGAGUGGGCUAAUGAGCUCAGCUCUGUGUGGUUCCUCUCUCUGUGGCCCAGUUAUGUCUCUAGCUGCCCUCUCAGUUUCACAGGCCCCGGAGGUGUGUGUGUCUCAGUUCACGGUCCAGAAUAGAUCUGUCGCAAACUCUCACAGCUGAGGUUACCAGUAACAUUGCAGAGACACAGCACACAGACCUCAUCAUGUUCUUCUGCUGCCUUCUUGUUUGCCUCAGCUUUUUUUAAUCGGGUCUGGAGUUUGGACAUAGAGGAUUAUUCUCCCUGUUCCCAGAGUGAAAUGCCAGACAUGGGAUGGAUUAACUUGGUGAAAUGCAGUUUUGGGAUGUUUGAAAGACGCUCUCUGCUGCCGUGCGGCUCCUGUAUGGUGAAGUACUACGAUUACGGCGAGCUGCCAGCCAGCUGCGACUGCUGCAGCCAGUCAAACAGAAUUUUUGGCCAGCGUCUCGAGGAUACAGUGCUGUUUGAGAGGAAGUUUGGCCCUCGGCUGGCACCGCUGCUGGUGGAGCAGUGUGUGGACUUCAUCAGAGAGAGGGGCCUGGAUGAGGAGGGUCUUUUUCGAAUGCCGGGUCAGGCUAACCUUGUCAAAGAGCUUCAGGAGGCUUUUGACUGUGGAGAAAAGCCUCUGUUUGAUAGUAACACAGACGUCCACACAGUGGCAUCCUUGUUGAAGUUGUACCUGAGAGAACUGCCUGAACCAGUCAUCCCCUUCUCCAAAUAUGAGGACUUUCUAACCUGUGCACAGCUUUUGGCCAAAGACGAGGAGGAGGGGAUCCAGGAGCUAGGGAACCAAGUUAACACUCUACCUGUGCCUAACUACAAUCUCCUCAAGUACAUAUGCAAAUUUCUGGAUCAGGUUCAGUCCCACUGCAACGAGAACAAGAUGAGCGUCCAGAACCUUGCCACAGUAUUUGGGCCAAAUAUCCUUCGAACCAAGAUGGAGGACCCAGUAACUCUCAUGGAAGGAACUUCUCUGGUCCAGCACCUAAUGACAGUCCUCAUUAGGGAACACCAUCGGUUAUACUCAGGGAGGUACCAGGAGGGACCUGUUUUGCCCCAAACUCAGUUACCUGACCCAGGCAGCGGUGUUGGACAUCAGCUCCAACACUGCAGCCUUGGAGCCUGGAUCUCUGAGGAAGACCUACAGAGUGGUCCAGCUUUCAACAAUGACCAAGAACUGCACAGCAGUGCCUCAUCUCUGGAUGCCAAACUGUGCACAGCUGUCACCCCCACCCAGACCCCUAACCCAAACCCUGGACCAAAAACGGGGCCUUUAACAGGGAAAGGAGACCCAGUGGUCAGUCCAAGUAAACAAGCCAAGACCUUGCCUUCCUGGAAAUACUCUUUCAAAAGUUCUUCAACUCCCCGUUCACAGCCACUGACUAAGCAAACUACCACUAGUGGCACAGUGGCAGAUACAAGUGCUUCUUCUGGUGGUGGAGGAGGUAACUGGCUCAUCAAUGGUUUGUCCUCCCUGAGGGGACACCGUCGCACAUCUUCAGGUGAGCGAUCUGCCCGAGAUCGUGACUCCACCGGGUCCUCCCAGAGACUGUCUACUUACGACAAUGUCACCUCAUCUUCUAGCACGGGGAGCGUUCUGAGUGUCUCCAGCACACCGUGGUCAAGCUCCUCUUGUGAUAUCUCUGUGCCAGACUCUGGAGGAGAACCUUCGAUGCAGCAGAACUUCGGAGGUGGAGUAGACGGUGAUCAGAAGGUGGAGUGGACAGAGAGCCAGAAGGAGGCUGAGCGAGAAAAGGAAGGGGGGAUGACAGAGCCGAGCUUGAAACAGGACAGCUGUGAGGCCAUAGAGUUUUGCAGCAGCAGUGCUGCAUGCAGCGAAAGUGAAAACAUACCUGUGGUAGAAGGAGUGGCAUCCAUUAUUUUGACAGAAGAUGGAGAUGGGACAAACCUGACCCUGAACAGUCUGGUGGAGGGAUUGACGGAGGACUUAAGAAAACAGAGGAGCACAUACGAGGCCAGGAUUCAAAAAUUGGAAGAGUCCAGCACCGCAUUGUGUGCCCAGGUCGAGCGUUUAGAACAGGAGAUGGAGCAAGAGAAGAAGAAGCAGCGCAUGCUGGAGAUCAAACUCCGGAACUCUGACAGGGCACGGGAAGAUGCUGAGAACCGUAACCGUCUUCUAGAGAAGGAGAUGGAGGAUUUCUUCUCCACACUGGACGAUCUGGCUCUGGGCUCAAGAACAAGCGACAUUUGAUUCUAAAUUGAUUUCCUUUUUUCAGCAUUGUAACUGUCACCGGAAGUCUGGGGGCUUGACUUCUUUUUGUGCAACAGGACAUUCCUAUAAAGGAAUAAUUAACAGUAAAUGAAGAAAAGAAAGCAUAAUGUUGCACAUUUCCAAUAUGCUUGAAAGUAUUGAAAAAAACAAAUGCUGAAGGAAGCAAAUGUCAUCAUUGUUCUGUGAGAUGAUUCUUACAAAGGUUGACUUUUUCGCAUGCUUGAAACUGAACAUGAAGAUGGGUCUCCCGUAAUUAGCAUACCCCCUCCACUGAUAUUUCUUGUGAAGGCAGUGUCAUAAACAUCUCAGGUGCGUGUUACAUGACUGAGAAAUCAUAUGAGAACUUCCUUUAAGCUUUGUACUUGAGAGCACUGACCUUUUCAACCACUACUUUCCAUGAAUCUUGUACUAACACUGUAGAAUUGUAGGAACCCCAGAUGUAAUGCAGAUAAGUCACUCAUAUUUAUAUUUCCAGAAUAUCCACAAGCAAUAGUUUGAGAAUCAAGUAAAUCCACUUAUUCCUUUUCCUUCAUUCUGUGGUUCUCAAACUUUUUUAUAACAGUUACCACCUCAGUAAGUACGUUUUUUGGGGAAACACCAUCUUAGACAAUUUUAACACUGUGUAAAAAUAAACCAUGGAGUUUUUUUAUUUGUUAAAAGGUCUCUAGAAAUCAGAAUUCCCAGUGGUAAGGUAUUUUUUUUUUUUUUUACUGGUUUCCCGCCAGUCCUGAUGUCUAAAUCCAUCAUGGCUACUUGACUAUAACAGUGGUAGAAAAAAGAAAAGAAAUAAAAUAGUUCAUAUGAAUUUCUGACAACUUGUAUCUCAUUAAAUCUUUCACACACUCAGUCUAUACAACGUCCCCUAAGGAACAUGUUGUUGCAGCAACUGAAUAUACAAAACGCAGAAAAAACAUUAUUAAUUUGUAUCGUUAAUAGUAGUUAGCCUCGUAACUGAGGCUGGACAGGCUAGGUUUAAUCUCUUUCCCAAAUCCAAAUUCCAACUUCCAAGGUGAAAAAACACAGCAAAAGGCAGCAGCACUUAUUACUGGUUCCGACUAGGAAUUCACAAAAUGUUCUCCUCUGCAUUUAAAUUUUGAGAAGUUUCUGAUGAAGAAAUGUUGCUGUUUACAUCACAGUUUAUCUGCCCCCAACUACCUUGCAAAUAUUUAAUGCUAUAUCAGUAAAGGUACCAGUAAGAGCAGGCCAAGUACUAUAAGGGGUACUUGUACCUGUAUAGAACUAUGGUGUAAAGUAAUACUUUGACCAAUAUAGUACCAAUAUGUGUACAUAAAGUGGUGCUAGGUUGCUACAUGUUUGCCUUAGUCAUAUAUUGUACUGUUCAGAUUAUUUAUUUGAUUUAGAAAUUUCAGUUAGCUUGGGUUUAUCUCGGAUUUACGUCAUCCCAAGCUAACUGGGUUCAGCUCGUACACUUUCUUAUACUGCAGGGCCAGUUGAUCAUUUCUUUUCUGUUGAUUAAUUAAAUGUAAAGAAGUGGAAAUAUUGUGAUAACCAGACAAUGAUCCUGAGAUGAAGGUUGAAAGACCUGGUCAUUGAUUAGUGUAUCUUCAUACCUGGUCAAAUGAAAGUAUUUGAGUACAAGAUAACCAGUUUACCUUUAAAUAACUUAACUAAAUGGACUAUUUACACUAAUAACUUCAGCAGAGGUCUUGCAUUUUCUAUAUUUGUACUGCAAACAUUGUGGCUGAGGUUCAAGGUUAAGUUUGUAUACUGUAUUAACAAAAGCAGGUUUCAGUAAACUAGACUUUUAAUUUCUUAAGUGAAACCUAAACACAUACAGAAUGGACUUCUGCCAUAGCUGCCUCAAUCUCAUAGUUGUCCUCAGGCUUUUCCAGUGCCUCUUGUCACCAUCUACAUGGUGUCUGAGUCCAUUUGAUGGCAAAGUCUAGAGCUUUGGUUUGAUCCUCCCACUGUUAAUAUGCCUCUAAUGUAUAGAUUAUAUACCAAGGGUUAAAUUUACAAUUCCUCAAGCAUUUAGUAUUUAGCAUUAAAUCUAUCAUACAGAACAUGUGACUCACAGUGUUGUAAAAAAUGUGGUUGCUCCCUUACAGAUUGGUUCUGUUAUUACUUUUCUGUCCCACUUAAAUGUCUAGUGAGUGUGGCAAUACUUUUGCACAUAGGGCCAGUUUGGCUUGAAUAGCCUUUCUCCACUUACUACAAGAAAACACCAACGGAAAACCUGUGUUUUGUAUUAAUUCAGGUUAUCUUUGCCAUGCCAUGACUGCUGAUCUGAAACAUUAAGGUGUAAAAAAUCAAAACAGGAUAUCUGUAAGAGGAGAAAUACUUUUCUGCUGCACUGUUUGACACACAGUAAAUACCAAAGCUGGACCGUCUCAUCAGCAAUUCACUCACAUGAGAUCAGAGUGGCCUGUCUGGAAGCCAUGUUGAUUUUGGCACAUGAAGCUGAACACUGCCCUCAGAGAAACAAUGGAGUUUCCUGGCUAAGAUUUCAGGGAAGUGUUUUUGAACAGGAAAGAAAAUGCUGCUUGCUUGUCCUACAAUGUGGUGUAAAUAUUCUCCCACAUGACGGCAGCUUGUUUUUUUGUUUUUUUAUUAUAAUAUGGAACCACUGACUGAUGCUACUGAAUCCCUUAAUGGUGCCAGUUCUCCUUACUCAAUUGUAAAGUGUUCGGAAGGUUUGCAUCAAGAAUGUAUCAUUAUAGUGAAUGUGCUAUGGAUCAAAACCAGCCCUUUGAUAGAAAUGUAAGAUGUGAACCUUUUCUUAGUCAGCCCAUGUAUCUGGGUCCAGCUGUACCUUUACAAAGUGGUGCUAAGACACGUACAGCUGCGCAUGUAAGAGAUCUUAUUGCAGUUUUAGUCUGAUCCUUUAUAAGCUGCCUGUGACACUUAAAUUUUUUUUAAGCUAAAUGAGGAUCUUGGUUUUGAGAGAAGUGCAUGUGGUUAUUAAAAAUGAUUUUUUUGGCAUCUUCUCAUUAAUCAGAAGAAUAUCCAGAGGUGUUAACAGGGCCAGGUAUUUCUUAAAGGGCCCUAUGACUGUUGUAAUGGCAUUGUUGUAAUGAAUGGCCAAAUCUGAGAAUAAAGAUAACUGUCACACAUGA